AUGGUUGUUUCAGAGGCUGGUGCAAUGUUUAUUAAAGCAGUCAACACUCAAGGGUCAGUGAAGGACAAAGAGUACAUUUCUAAGUUGAUCAUUGAGACAAUUACGGAAGUUGGGCAUCAGAAUAUCGUGCAAGUAAUCACGGACAAUGCACCAGUUUGUAAGAGUGCAGGGCUACUUGUAGAAUGUCAGUUUAAACACAUUUUUUGGAUUCCAUGUGUAGUCCACACACUAAACCUUGCUUUAAAGAAUAUAUGUCAUCCGAGAGAUAUUCAAACUAAUGUUUUAGUAUAUGAAGGGUGUGCUUGGAUUAGUGAAAUUAUUGCUGAGGUGGUACUGAUCAGAAACUUCAUCACUAAACAUUCCAUGAGAUUAGCCAUGUUUAAUGAACAUGUGGAGUUAAAAUUAUUCACACUUGCAGAGACACGUUUUGCCUCUAGUAUUAUAAUGCUUCAAAGAUUUAAAGAUGUGAAGCAAGGAAUCCGUAACUUGGUAAUUUGCAAUCAAUGGUCAUCAUAUAAAGAUGAUGAUCCUAAUCAAGCAUUGUUUAUAAAAGAGAAGUUGUUGGAUGAUGAUUGGUGGAACACUUUGCAGUAUUAUAGUCGUCAGUGGCUUGAUGAACGUCCAGGGCGUGUUCCACCACAUAGAGAUCUUUUGAUUGCAGGUCAAAGAUUGAAGUGUUUCGAGAGGUAUUACGAUGCGGAUGAGUUAAGAGAAGUUAACAUUGAGUAUGCUAAGUUUUCAUCUUGCCGUGAAGAAUUUGCAAAUGAAAAUACCAUAAAUGAUAGAUGGAGUAUGAAUCCUUAUGUGUGGUGGGUUACUUAUGGGGUGUAUGCUCCUUUACUUCAGCAAAAAGCACUCAUGUUGCUUGGCCAACCUUGUUCAUCUUCUUGUAGUGAGAGAAACUGGAGUACAUAUAGUUUCAUAAAUUCUGUGAAGAAUAAAAUUACUCCACAAAGAGGUGAAGAUUUGGUAUUUGUUCAUACUAAUCUUCGUCUCUUAUCAAGACGAAGCCCAGAAUACUUGCUAGGGGAUACAAGAAUGUGGGACAUUGGAGGUGAUUCUUUUGAUACUAUGGAGGGUACUGUUGGUGUACUUGAAGUUGCCGAUCUUUCUCUUAAUGAGCCAGAGAUGGAACGCAUGAUAUUGGAUGAUAAUGAAGCUAAUGUGGAGGAGCUAUACCCCCUGGUUUGA